AGGCGGCGAGCGAUGGGCUGGUGCGGACGGAGUGCAGCAGCGCGCAGCUCAUGAACACCACGCUGAGUGGGAAAGAGAAGCCGAGGUGGAAGCGCAGCUUUCGGGCGAAAAGCUUCAGGAGCUGCGCAGUAGCAUGACGGCUUUCAGUGAGCCGAUCCAAACCUUCAAGGAGACGCUGGGUGGGUUCUUUCGACCAUUGAUUGAAGCCGAUGUGCUGGAUGUGGCCAGAGAGCAGAUGGACACGGCUGGAAUGGCCGUUGCAGCAAGUUUUGCUGCCUUGGCAUUACUGCUGAAUCUUUGUGGAAUCCUUUCUGUCCUUUGCUGGUGUUGUUCUGGCCAAGGCAACCCCAAAGCCAGAGUUCAUCGCUGUGCCUGCUGUACUUGGUGCUGCGGCUGCUGGUACCUCUUCUUGGCGUUUUUGGUCGGUGGCUUGCUGAACGUGGUCACCGUUCCCUUGGCCAGCUUUUGUUUGAUCCUCGACGACUUGGAUGGUGAUUUGCUCAUGGAUAUCUCUGCCAUGGCGAAUGUCAAUCUCUCAGGUGCUGUGGGGAGUGUCGCCAUUGACCUGGUGGAGAACUGUGUGAAUCCUGACAUUCCAGGAAAUCCUGGCCUCAUGGACAUCCUCAAGACGCCCAGCAGCAAUGGGACCAUGGUGACCAUGAACGAGAAGAUUGUGGGCGAGGUGACGAGCCAAAUCACGCAGCAAUUCAACGCAUUGGGCUCCUCACAGAGUUCAGGAGUGGAAAGCCUGGGCGAUAGCAAUGCGAUAAAGAUGUUAAUUGAGACCAUCAGCAACUUCUCCAUCGAUUCUAUGAUGAUCCCCGUGGCUGACCAGAUAGCGCCCUAUGCUGGGAUGACCCUGGUGGAGGAGCUCAAUAUGUCUUUAUACACCUCGGGUGCAUGCACAGAUACUAUCGUCGAGGGGACCUCUUAUUAUGGCAUUGAGUCCUUUGCCACGAACCUCAGCAACUACUGUUGUCCAUCUGGCGCUCAAGUGGGUACCACUUGUGCCAAGUCGGUGGAUUGCACCGUUUGGGCGAACGCGCUACAAGAUCAAGCUUGCACAGCAGCCAAGAGCUAUAUGGAGAUCAAGCAGGCCCUGCGGACGGAAGUGACCUUCAAGUGCAAAGCUUUUCGAGGUUCCGAUGGAAGCAAGUGCACCAUCGAGAACAUGUUUGAGGUGAGUGGAAUCUACCAAAAUGAUUGUUUCGUGAAUGGAACCUUGGAAACCAUGGAGUACAACUGCAACCUGGAGGACUUUGCCACUCUGGUCACCAGUUUCUCGAAGCAGUUGAACCGAAGCGUGCAACGAUUGGAUGAAGUGACCGCGACAGUGCUGGCCAGCAUUGCGACCGACAUGAAGGCCUUGGUCGAGGAGAACUUGCUUCAGCCCAUUGAACAUGUGGUCGAGGGGGUCACGUGUGGCUUUAUGGCCACAAUGUAUCAGGACUUUGUCGACGGCAUGUGCUUCCGUGGCGUUUGGGGCUUCACUGCCAUCGUGGCCUCCUACGUGGCCAGUGCGGUGCUCACGAUCUUCCUGGUGAUCUUGGUGUAUUUUAUUUGGCGUUUUGCGCUUGAUAGUUAUGAGUUUGACAUGAAGCCUUUGCGGACUCCAGACCGUGAGUGAGCCUUUUUCUGAGCGAGCCUACCUGCAGAGAGGAGAGACAUCAAGAGGUAG